CUUGUCCCCGCAGGGCUCCGGGCGGCCGUGACCCUGCUGGAGUGCGGGGGGGACCUCCAGCCCCCCGGGGGGUCCCUGCGCCUCCUCUGCCCAGGGGCUGGGUUCAGUUUUGGGAGUUUUAGCAUGGAAUGGAUCCGCCAGAGACCCGGGCAGGGGCUGGAGUGGCUCGCAGGGAUCUACAGCAGUGGUGCCUACACCUACUACGCGCCGUCGGUGCAGGGCCGGGUCACGAUCUCCAGGGACAACGGGCAGAGCUCGGUGACGCUGACCAUGACCGACCUCCGGGACGAGGAUUCCGGAUCCUAUUUUUGCGCCAAAUCUGCUGGUGCUGGUGCUGGCUGGGAGAGCGUUGCCCAUGCUUUUGUGCCCAGUUCCGCGACUCCAUCCCCGCCUUUCUCCAUUCCCCAGCCCCUUCCCCAAACUCCACCACUGACCCUGUUCCUGUCCCUCUGUCCCAUCCCUGAACUGGUUCUGCCCCAAAUCUCCCCCAUUUUCCCCAAAUCCCACCUCUCAGCCCCACCCCUCACCCUCGGUGCCAAUCUUUGUGCCCACCCCUCAGGGUUCGGUGCCCCCCCGGGCGGGUUUGGGGCCAGGGGUGCAGAUUUGGGGCUGCCCCCCAGGAUUUAUCCCCGCCCGGGGCUCUCUGUCCCAACCCCCGCCGGGACGGGGCUGCUGGGGACGCCUCUGGAGCUGUUUGGUGUCCCACCAGGGCUGUCCCCACAGGGCUGUGACAACGGCCAGGUGCCAGCAGCCCACGGCCCCGCUGCAGUGACAGAACUCGAUGUCACAGCUGGCUUUAAAAGGGCUUUGGCCAAUCACAGGAAGGAAAACCCGAUGGACAUGGUGGCCCGAGAUCCGGCCAGCCUCGUCACUUUUGGGGGUCUUGGUUGGGACUUGGAGCUACGGCGGAGAUUUGGGGCCAGGAGCUGAGAUUGGGGGCAGGGCCAGAGCAGGGCUGGGACAC